AUGGCUUCAUUGCUUCGCCAAGUGGCCCGGUUGCGACCAGUUACUUUCCGUUUACCUGUUCACUCCAUUACCACAAAUGCACAAAGUCGUGCCAGUGCUGCAGCUGCUGUCGCCCAUGACACAUCUUCCCCCUUCGAGCAGCCUUUUUUCGCAGACGAACCUCAUGGCCCAAGGGUCAGCACUCCCAUUCCAGGACCAAAGAGCAAGAAGGCGAUUGCCGAGCUCAAUCAAGUCUUCGACACUCGUAGCCUGAACAUGCUGGCCAACUACCAGCAGAGUUAUGGAAAUUAUAUUGCUGAUUUGGAUGGAAAUCUCCUGCUUGACGUCUAUGCCCAGAUUGCAUCCAUUCCCGUCGGAUAUAACAAUCCGUCACUCCUCCUUGCGGCAACCUCCCCAGACAUGGCCUCGGCCCUUAUUAACAGGCCAGCCCUUGGCAAUUUCCCUCAGCACGACUGGGCCUCCAUCCUGGAGACAGGCAUUCUCAAGGUCGCGCCUAGGGGCCUCAACCAGGUCUUCACCGCCAUGGCAGGUUCUGAUGCCAAUGAGACCGCAUACAAAGCCGCCUUUAUGUGGCGGAGGCAAAUGGAGAGAGGGGGCGCACAUGUUGAAUUCUCACCAGAAGAUCUUGAAACAUCGAUGAACAACCAGGUUCCAGGCUCGCCACAUCUUUCGAUAAUGUCAUUCACAUCCGGUUUCCACGGCCGGCUCUUUGGCAGUCUCUCCACCACUCGAAGCAAGCCAAUCCAUAAGCUCGACAUCCCUGCUUUCGAUUGGCCACAAUCCCCCUUCCCGGCCCUUAAAUAUCCUCUAGAGGAACACGUGCAGGAGAAUGAGGAGGAGGAAAAGCGUUGUCUCGAGCAAGCGGAACGAAUUAUCAAAGAAUACCACAAUCCGGUUGCAGCCGUCAUCGUAGAACCCGUUCAGUCCGAGGGUGGAGACAAUCACGCCUCACCAGCGUUCUUCAAGGGCAUUCGGGAGAUCACGAAGCGCAAUAACGUUCUCAUGAUCGUGGAUGAGGUACAGACCGGUAUUGGCGCGACAGGGAAAUUCUGGGCCCAUGAACACUGGAACAUGGCCCAGCCGCCGGACAUGGUGACCUUCUCGAAGAAAGCCCAGACGGCAGGUUACUAUUUCGGCAACCCAGCACUGCGACCAAACAAGCCAUACAGACAAUUCAAUACAUGGAUGGGUGAUCCGGCUCGCGCAAUCCUCUUCCGUGCCAUUAUCAACGAAAUUGAGAGGCUAAACCUCGUUGAGAAUACUGCACUGACCGGCGAUUAUCUGUUCAAUGGGCUUGAAAGGAUCCAGCAACAAUAUCCGGAGCAGAUUCAAAACCUUCGAGGGAAGGGUCAAGGCACCUUCAUUGCUUUUGACAGCCCAAAGCGUGACGCUUUCCUUGCCAACGCAAAAGCGUUGGGCAUUAAUAUUGGUGGUAGUGGAGCGAAGGCCGUCAGAUUGAGGCCAAUGUUGAUCUUUCAGAAACAUCAUGCUGAUAUUUUCCUUGAUGCGGUACAAAAGCUUGUUAGCAGCUGA